CACGAAGAUUAAUACACAUCUGCAUGCGCUCGAAACAAUUUUCGAAGCACUUAUUCCACUCGUUUGCUGGCAGAUCCAAAACGGCAUUUUUGAAUGCGUCAACUGCUUCUUCUGGUGACUGGAACCUUUGACCACGCAGUCUGUUUUUAAUUUUCGGGAAAGUAAAGAAAUCGUUAGGACUUAGAUCGGGACUAUAUGGAGGAUGGUCCAAUAAUUCCACGAUUUCUUCCGUUAAAUACUGCCUUGUUUUCUUGCAUUGUCUUGGUGGACGAUGAUUCUUCCUUCGGGGUUGAUUUUUCGAAGCUCCGUGAUGACUUUUGGCAAACAAAUGGUGGUAUACCAAUCCGCAGUAACAGUUCUUUGCUCACUAAGAGGAAUUGUUGCAAUAUGACCCGCUUUUGACACAAAUGUCGCGACCAUCUUUUUCGAAACACUUC